UUUCAUGACAUCUGAAAUAAAAAAAAUCUGACCUAACAUGACUAUCUUGACAGGAAUGUUCCAGUUCUGAUGGAAACGUGUGUGUGUGUGUGUGUGUGUGUGUGUGUGUGUGUGUGUGUGUGUGUGUGUGUCCGUCCUGCGAGGCUGCACUGCAGCACACACAUAAUGUGAGGGGACCAGAACCGGUUGAAACUGGUUUGAGGCAGAUGAGGAACAAUGCAGCCACUGUGCUACAGGGCAGAUCGCAAGGAAAAGAAAAAAAAAGGGAGCAAAAGGAGCUCUGGUGCACGUUAGCAGGGUCACGUCAGGGUUUUACAUGCUUCUCCUUCUCAUCACAGGCUUCUCCUGCGUGGUCCAGAUAGGGCCUGAUAGUGAAGCAGGCGCGAUGGAGAAGGGAAAAGUCACACUGCAGCUUUGCAGCUUUUCGGUUCGGGUCACAGUAUGACGGUGUCACGGUAUCGGCGUGGUGGCACGGCCCGAGCCGCUCGCUGUGUGUCAGGCGUAACGUGACCCAUGAGCGCUGCGAGGGAAAGUGGGAUUUUUUCAGUGGAGAGAGAGCGAGAGAGGAAGAAAAGAAUGAAGGAAGGAGGGAGGGAGGUGUUUAGUGGUGGCAGAGGGUGAGAGAGUGGUGUGUUUGAGGGGGAGGAAGGAAGGAAAGAAGGAUGAAAGGAGGUUGUUUUGCAGUAAAAAUGGUCGGAAGCGAGGGGUUUUAGCUCAUUUUCUUAAGACCAUGGGCGACAUGAAAACCCCAGACUUUGAUGAUCUACUAGCGGCCUUUGACAUUCCUGAUAUGGUCGACCCCAAGGCCGCGAUCGAAUCCGGCCACGAUGACCACGAGGGGCAUCUCAAACAAAACGCCCACCAUGAUGAUGACUCUCAUGUUCCCUCGACGGCAGAUGUUGGAGUAAGCGUUAUAGUAAAGAAUGUUCGUAACAUUGAUGCCAAUGAACACUCACUUUCAGACAAAGAUAUCCAUUCUUCAGUCGGAAAUGGAAUGCACAACGGAUUCAUGACCAUGUCGCCUAACAACAGGUUUAGCAAAGAUGGCAACAAGCUUCAAAAAAGUGGAAAUCGUGGAACCGAAGUGACUGGUUCUAGGUAUAACCAGUUCAGUCCUAUUUCCAGUGCUGAUGAGUUUGAUGAUGAUGACAAGAUUGAAGUCGAUGACCCUUUGGACAGGCAAAACAAUUUACCUUCUUUCAGACCAAAUCCGCUUACAGGACUUAGCUCGAAGCAAGAGGAGCUUUCCUCUAACCUUUCAGCCAAUGGUCCAACUAAGAUGGGAACUAAUGGCAAUUACAACCAUUUAAGAGCUGGAAACACCAAUACCAAUGGCACUUUAGGAAAUCCAAAUGCCUACAAUCCUCCAAAACUAAGAAAAACAGAAGACCAUCUCAAAGAGGUACAAGGCCAAGAUGGAAAAGAAGCAAGAGAACCAGCUGUUGGGUUGAGUAUGACCAACCUGUCUCAAGCUAAGGCUAAAUCUUCUGCCAAGCUAUCAUCCUGCAUUGCUGCUAUUGCUGCCCUUAGUGCAAAAAAGACCAGCAUAGACUUGACAGCUGCAGAACACACUAUCAAUAACCAGGAUUCUCCAAAAGAGGCGAAGGAGAGUCCAAAGAUGACAGAAAAGAUCCCAGAGCAAGAGUCAGCCCUAGAGCUUGCCAAGAAAAUGCUUUCCAAACAACCUGAGAGUCCCUGUAGUGUUACCAGUGAGAACAGCAGCAAAGGGUCUCCAUCAUCGUCUGCCGGAUCCACCCCUGUCAUUCCUAAAGUGCGCAUUAAAACCAUUAAGACAUCUUCAGGUCAGAUUAAGAGGACUGUUACUAGGGUUCUGCCGGAGUUUGAUUCUGAAGGUCUAAAGAAGGGAUUUGACUCAGGAUCUAUCGUAGUAUCCUCAUUCCUGUCUUCUCCUUCAUCAAAUUCUGUUUUGUCCUCUACUACUCGAACAGCACUCCCUACCACAGUGGUGGCGACUUCCGGAGGUUCAACCAUCGAAGUCACAAAGCAAAUGACUAUCAAGCCUGUCGCGACUGCCUUUCUACCAGUGUCCGCAGUAAAAACCGCUGGCUCCCAGGUAAUCAACUUGAAACUGGCAAACAAUACAACCGUAAAAGCCACAGUUAUACCUGCUGCAUCUGUUCAAAGUGCCAGCAGUGCCAUUCUCAAAGCUGCCAAUGCUAUUCAGCAACAAACCGUUGUGGUACCUGCUUCCAGCCUUGCCAACACCAAACUUGUGCCAAAGACUGUUCAUCUUACCAACCUGAACCUCCUUCCCCAACCUGCUUCAGCCUCCGACUUCCACCAGGUUCUGUCUAAACCUCAGCAACCCAUGAAGCAAGCCAUGAUGGCCAGCCAACCUUCUAAGAAAGUGUCACGUGUGCAAGUUCUGGCCAGUUCCCAGAGUUCAGUGGUCGAGGCCUUCAACAAGGUCCUGAGCAGCAUCAACCCUGUGCCGGUGUAUGUUCCUAAUCUUUGCCCUCCUUCCGCAGCAUGUAUUUCAUUACCAUCCCGUGGUUAUAAAUGCCUUGAAUGUGGUGACUCCUUUGCUCUUGAGAAAAGUCUAACUCAGCAUUAUGACAGAAGAAGUGUUCGUAUUGAGGUCACAUGCAACCACUGCUCCAAGAACUUGGUCUUCUACAACAAGUGCAGCCUCCUAUCCCAUGCCAGAGGACAUAAAGACAAAGGUGUGGUCAUGCAAUGUUCCCAUCUUAUCUUAAAGCCUAUCCCUGCUGAUCAGAUGAUCUUGACUCCAUCUGUGACCUCCAGUGCCCCCAUUUCAACAACAGGGCACGGUUCUUCUGCAGGAAAUCAGGGCAAAACUGAAACCACAGUGAUCUCUGCACCUUCUUCGGCUCCUGUAGUUGCUGCCAUGCCCCUAGACGAAGACACUUCGCGAGUGUGUCGAUCGAACCUGAAGUGCUUGGAGUGUAACGAGGUGUUUCAAGACGAGUCAUGUCUGGCCAUGCACUAUCAACAGGCUGCCGAGUCGAGUUCGCAAAAAACCUGCACCAUUUGCCAAAUGCUGCUGCCAAACCAGUGCAGCUUUGCCUCCCAUCAGCGAAUCCAUCAGCACAAGUCUCCGUACAUCUGCCCAGAGUGUGGCGCCAUCUGUCGAUCUGUCCAUUUCCAAUCCCAUGUCACCAAGAACUGCCUGCACUACACACGUCGAGUGGGCUACCGAUGCAUCCACUGUAGCGUGAUCUUUGCUGACGUUGCCGCUCUCAAGUCACACACCCAGGGUUCCCACUGUGAAAUCUUCUACAAAUGCCCUAUCUGCCCCAUGGCCUUCAAAUCUGCCCCGGGUACUCACUCCCACGCCUACACUCAGCAUCCGGGGGUGAAGAUCGGAGAGCCUAAGUUGAUCUACAAAUGCUCCAUGUGUGAUACCGUCUUCACGCAACAGAUUCUUCUAUACACACACUUUGACCAGCACCUUUCCAGUCAGAAAGUGUCUGUCUUCAAGUGUCCAGACUGCUCCAUGCACUACGCCCAGAAGCAGCUCAUGCUGGAUCACAUUAAGUCCACACACGGGACACUGAAGAGCAUCGACGGUCCCCCGAACCUCGGCAUUCAUCUCCCACUCAGCAGCAAGCCCAUCAACUCCCUGACCCCCAACUCCAACAGCAAAGACUCGUCUCCUCUAAACAGUCAGGAAAAAAUGGACAAGAAGCCGUCGUCUCCUGUGAAGAAAAGCGCUAACGGGACCAACAUCCACACUAAGGGUGUCUCGUCGUCUGUCUCGUCCUCGUGUCCUGGGUGGACGUGUAAGGAGUGUGACCGUCUCUUCACACAAAGAGAAGUCUUCAUCGCUCAUAUGAAGAGAGAACAUGGGAAGCAACUGAAGAAACAUCCGUGUCGACAGUGUGACAAGUCGUUCAGUUCUUCACACAGUCUCUGCAGACACAAUCGGAUCAAACACAAAGGUGUUCGGAAAGUUCACUCCUGUCCCCACUGCCCCGACUCCAAAUGCACUUUUACCAAGAGGCUGCUGCUGGAGAAACACAUCCAGCUGAUGCACGGCAUUAAAGAUGUGGAGAGGAAGGUGGGGGUGGAGUCCAGCAGCACAGAGGAGUGCACUGUUAAAGACCAGGUACGGCGUCCCAAACGAAAGCUGAACUCUGACGGCGAGGACGCCGAAGAAGAAGAGGAAGAAGAGGAGGUGGAAGAAGUAGCAGAAAAGGAAGAGGUUCGACGUAAGGGGAUACCUGGCCGGAAGCGUACGUCCUCCUCGUGCCCUCAGCCCUUGAAGAAGCUGAAGGUGAGCGUUGUAAAGACUCAACGGUGCGCCGUGUGCAGCUUCUCCACCACCGAGCUGCCGCUUUUCCAGAAGCAUCUCCCGUCGCACAAGACGGACGGCUCGUCGCACCAGUGCACUGAGUGCGGCCUGUGCUACACGUCGCGCCACUCGCUCGCGCGACACCUCUUCAUCGUGCACAAGAUGAAGGAGCCUCCGAGCGCCGAGCAGCAGGAGAACGCUCCGAACGUUCCGGAUACGCAGUGCAGGGUGUGCGGAAAAACGUUCGACACCGAGCCGGCGUUAAACACACACAUGCGCACUCACGGCAUGGCCUUCAUCAAAUCCAAGAGACUGCGCGUAGCCGAGAAGUGAGACAGAACCACGUCAGAACCGCGUUCGAGACCAAACCGACCUCCAGACAGAUUAAGAGGAAAUGCAGAAAAAAACAGGGAAAGUUCCAGGGAAAAAAGCACGGCCUUAAAUAUGCACACGUUGUUGUUUUUUGUUGAAAUGUGCAAACGCGGACCACGGAGACCCGGUUCUGCGUCUCGCUUCUGCGUCUCGGUUCGCCACACGUACAUCCUCCAUCUCUAUAAAUACACAUAUAUAUGAGAAAUGUAUAAAUAUAAAUAAGCACACUUGUGUGUUGGGGGAUAUGUAAUAUAUUGAAAGUGGAACUACGUGUAAUUUAAAUAUCUACGAGAAACGCAUUUUGUACACUUUAUGAUAGAUGUUUGUAUGGAUGUUCUGAUAGAUCUUUUAUACGGCAGAAGUUUUAUUUUCUAUUCUAUUAGACCCCGUCUCGUCGCCUUCUUUCUGCAGCUCAGAAAACUCAGAAUUGGCUUAAAGGACGUUGUAGACAGACGUGUACGGUAUUUGCAAAGCUUGUGUCAUCAGUCACCUCGUGAAAAACAUUUUCACAUUUCAGAAAAUAUCUCAAAAAAUUCGGAUUGUCACCUGAAUACCUCCUGCUGUACAAUUCAGACUUCAGAAUUUAGACCAACUGCCCAAGUUGAGCCUCUUUGUAUGGAGCGAUGCCCAACUAGAUUUGUCAUCCAGAGUCCAUGAGUAAAAUAAAGCAUCAUUGCAGGUAAAGUUCUGUUUUAAAAGCUCGAUUCUGCGCAUCUUACAUUUUUUCUGAAUCUGAUGUUCACAUUAGUUGCGAAUUAUCCACGUCUCGUUCACACCUCCGAGGUUGUCCUCCGAGAUUUUUCUCGAGUAUCUAAAACAGAGAUCUUCAACUGGAUCCACACUCUUCCUUUCAAAAUACAUGUUUUAUUAAUGUUCUUUCUGUCUGUGUGUGAGAUGUAGAUGAUUUUAUUUCAACAAAUUUAAAACCUCCAAUUUGUGUUCAUUUAAAAGGCUAAAGGUGUGAAGGAUAAACAGAACCAGCACUCGUCUCUUUGCCACACUAAUAGAAAGCGUUCAGUUCAUUCAUAAUUUCAUCUAAAAGUAGUGAUUGGUCUCAAAAUCAGGAAAAUAUUUCUUAUCUGACAUCAAUCAAAUAUCGCCCUCAAAUGAUGAUGUUUUACAGCCAGAACAUAUAUUCCAGUACGGCAUGUUGUGGUUACAUAAAACUAUCAGAAAAUUUAACCCAACUAACAUUAGAGACCAUAUCACAAGGGCACAAUUUUUAUAACAAGCUCCGCCCACUGUUUUUACAUCAGACGUGUGAAUUCUGCAGUGUGUGAAGAUAUUUAUGUAUUAAAUCCUCACUGUGUGCGUAACUCAACUCUGAAUACCCUCAACUAGACACCAACCAGACACCAAAAACAUUUCAAUACAUUUCUCUUUGUUUCUUCUGGUCCCAGUUGAUUUUCAAGAUCUUUCAGAUUUGUAUUUAUUAUUAACACAAUACAGAUGAUGAUUUCGUAUUGAGGGGUUUCCCCCCCCCCCCUGCUUUUUUUUCAGCUUUUCACCAUUCCGAGUUUUUUCUCUGAUUUUAUUUCCUUUAUUUUUUUAUUAAUGUAUUAUUUUUUUAUUGUUUGCUUUAAUCAGGACCUUCUGAAAUACAGACGCAGGGCAAAACACUGCAUUGAUGGUAUGUUUUAGUACUUUUUCUGUUCUGCCCUGCUGUUUCCACACAUUUCUUCUUUGCUCAGCUGCUCAUCCUUUAAUUUGCUUUGCAAAAUUCGAUUUUCAACAAGGAGAACGUGUCUAUAAACGUGAAACUGGAAUGCUUUUUUCCAAGCUGUUAGCCGUUAGCUGGUGAGAUACGUGAGAUAUUGUAUAAGCAAAUACUAACAAUAAAAAAAUCCUUUAUUCCUGAGAUACAUUUGUUCAGGAUUCACACACAAGACACAGGUUGGAUGUAUUUAUUUGUUGUUUAGUUUUUUUUUUUACUUUUUUGGAUAAAUGAACAUUUGUGAGAAGCCGUUUGUUUGUGCAUGAGAGAUGUUUUACGAUGGUCGUUUCUUAGGCUGUCUUGCUGCUGUUCUGUAGAAUCGUCCGAUGUUUGUGUAAAAAAACACAUAAAUAGUUAUUGUCAAUAAACAAUACGGAAUACAAACUGUC